AUGGCGGAUGCUAUGGCUGGGCAUCGCGUUUCCGGCCCUGAUACGCAGCCUCUCGCUGUUGAUCUGGAGAGCGAUCUUGAUCUGGACAGUGAACUAGAUCACACCUCCGACCUCCACGGAUAUACACAAAGGCCAAAACCCUCCAGGCUCACUCUCCGUCUUCCCCUAGAUUACACCUCGGACCUCCCCCCCGAGGCGGAUCUUAUGUCUGGCUCCUCCGACCUCCGCCGCCGCCUCUUUGGUGGCCGCAGACGCUGCAGACGCGCUGGUCUCCCGCUGCCAAUCGAUUGCACCACCACCUUCUCUGACCGGAAUGCUCGUGCCCUCUCACUUGUACAUAUUAUCUUGAAUGAUAUUGUUCAUUACACUCUGUCUACUUUACGCAAUAUUCAGAAAAGCUUGCUCUAUUGGGAGUCCAUAGCCGAGGGAACAGAUUUACAGCAGAUGUAUUUCAUGAUCUUUGAAAGAGGUCCAAGAGCCUUCCUUGAAACAACAUGGCAAACACUUGCUGGACUCCGCAGCACAAGUCCAUCCCAGUACCUUUUAGACUCUGCCGCUAAUAUGGUCUUGCCAAAACUUGAUGCCUUGACAAGUAUGCAAGAUUGCUUGGCUGCUUUUCUCGCAGAGGUUUACUCAGAAGUUGAUAAAUGCAAAGGAAGAUUAACUGAAAGCUCAGAUCAACCGCUGCACGCACUAUUGACUGUUUUGAACAGAGUCUUCCUCAAAUUGGAGCUAUCGCUUAAAAAUCUUGUUGAGGUACAAACAGCAAGCUUCGCUCUGUCUAUCUUUCAAAGAUUACCAGAAGUUGAUGUUGAGAGUUCAACUGCAACAAGUUUGAUCUAUCAAAACCUUUUGAGGCUAGAUAUUUAUAUCUCCAAUAAGAUUGCAGUCCAUCAAAAACCAAGAAAUACGACGAUAUACUGGCUACCCUAUACGUUUGGAGCAAUUGGCCUCUCUGCGUGCUCUCUGUGGCUUUUACGCCAUAGUAGCUUCAUGGGCAGUUCUGACAUGGACGGCUCGAUCCAAGAUGCUAAGGAGUCGGUGUCUGGAUAUUGGGACCAGCAUGCUGUGAAACUAAUCAUUUCCAUUAGAGAUGGGCUCUGCAAGACAUUCAAGCGAACGGAUAAACUUGUAUUGACAAAACAAGAUGUCCAUCAGAUUGAAGCAUCUUUGCACAGAUGUGAAAAAGAGUUGAUGCAGCUGCCUCAAAAACAGCCUGGUAGAGAAUUAGCACUUGCCAUGCCUGCUAAUAAGAUCCAGAAGCACGCAUAUGGUCUUCAGAAGAAAUUACUGGAACUGGAUCGUUCUCUGAAGGAAAAAAAGUUGGGUCAACAGGAGGCAAUGCUGGAGCUGACUCAGAUUCUCGAGGGAAACGAGAUAAAGUUUGCCCUUUGUGCAGCCUGGCCUGCAUUUGGUCUUUGUCUUCUGCUAAUCCUUCUAGUGCGAGCAUCGGUUUUCCAUGACCAAGACGAAGAUGAAAGAGGCAAGAUGUCAAGGCUUCCGCAAAGGCUGCUUCUUCGUGAUGCAGAGCUAAGACUUGUGGAGUUCCAGAAAUGCAUGACUAAUGGAAUGGAGAAAAAGGCAGCCUCCAAGUUUGGGUUGAUGCUGUGUGACCUUGACAGAUUAUACAAAACUGUUGAGCUCCACGCGAAAAAAACAGGCGAGUGGUCAAGGGUGAGAGAAGACAUUGUUGACCUAGCAAAGCCUCAUAUGCCAAUGGCAGACAGGCUGGUUGUUCUUAGACGUCUGAAGGAGAUGUAUUACUGCUUACUACCAUCGCCAUCUCCAUCAAGUUGGCAUGCUGGAUUCCUGUCCGUCGCGCAGCUGCACCCGGCUGCCACCUCCAUCCUUGCCGCAGACAGAUCCGACCUUCUUCUCGACAGGCUCUAUGCUCCAUCCAAAUUCAUCCCCUUUUGCUGA